AAACACAAACCCUAGCCUCAUUCACUUCCUUUCUCUCUAAAACCCUCUUUCUCCCAUUUUCCUCUGUUUCGUUCUUCUUAAUCUCAAAUCCUUCCUUUCAGGGUUUGAGACUAAUUUUCAAUCUCCGUUUUCUCCUUUUCUGUCACGCUUUUGAUUUUUCCUCAUGUUGAAUUGAAGUCGUUGAUUCAAAUAGGAGCUUAACAAUGGGUAAAUCGACGCAGAAAGAGAGAAAUCGGAAGGUUGAGAAAGGGAGGAGGAAAUCGAGGUGCACUGGGGGAAAGUAUUUGAAGCCUGGAACUUUGGCUCAGCUUCGGGGUAACAGAUCUUUAGGUUUUGGAUCGGUUGUUGGUAGGGUUUGUAAUGAUAUUGGGAAAAAAAGAGACUCCGAUUUGAAUUCGGAGAAGAGUGAUGUUGUUGAGGGUAAGGUGUUUGAUGAAAGUCCUGUGAUGCUUUCUCCUGUGAAUUUGUUUAAGAGUAGUUUGGUUGGGACACCGAAAACUCCGAGAAUUGAAGAGUGGCAAUCGGAAUCCAGGCUUGAGUCUCUCCCCACUGAGUUGUUGGUUAAAAUACUAUGCCACCUGCACCAUGAUCAAUUGAGACCUGUUUUCCAUGUUUCACAAAGAGUUAGAAAAGCAGUCAUUUUUGCAAGACACUUUCACUUCAAUUAUACUACCCCAGAUCGCUCUCGACAAGAGAUGUUAAAUAUAAUGACUCCUCGUCCUUCUCAGCAUUGGCCUUUUUUGCGCAAGCGCGGUGGGGUAAUCUGUCCAAGCCCAAAUACACCUAAAGCACCUCGUCACGGGCCCCGACCACCUUCUCGUGUGAAAGUUGAGAUGCGACAGGUUACAGCUGUUCUUUUCAGGGAGCCAGGCUUCUCUUCUCGUUGCCUGAUGCCAUCUAAUAGAGUUCUCUUCUGUGAAGAUGAACUAUGCAAGGCAGUUUCUCAGAAUAAACUUUGAAGUGUUUCUGUUUAAUUGUUUUCCUUCACUCUGUAUAGUUCUUCUUUGGUCUCUAGUGAAUACUACAGUAUAGAUGCAAUUUUUGUGUUGGGGCAGUUUAGCUGGCGUGGAUAUUCCUGAUGUCCAAGUAGGUGUGGAGAGUAGGCUAUGGUUGUUGAAAUAAUUAUAUAUUUAAAUAUAACUGGCAUAUUUUCGUUUGAGACAA